UGCUGUUUAGUAUUUUUUGCGUUUUUAGUAGUGGUUAUCAUAGCUGUCAAGUGUCAGUCCUGUCACAGGCUUAAUAUUACUCUGUGUUGCGAACUGUAAAUUUACUUGUGCCAAUUUUAGAAAUGGUUAAGAUAUGUGCUAUUGUGGGGUGCAUAAACAAAGCUGGAAACGGAGUAUCUUUCUUUUGUAUUCCAAAAGUAAUACAGAAAGACACAGAAUCAGGACAACAAUUACAGAAGAAAAGACGUUCGUUGUGGAUCAAGCAACUAAAGAAUAGCAUUUCCAUAACUGAUCACAGUGAUACUAGGGUUUGUAAUGAACAUUUAAUUACUAGGACUCCUAACAAAGAUGAGUCUCACCCUGAUUGGGUCCCCAACGUAAAGUGUAAUGCUGAUAUAAUAACAAGUAAAGAAGAUGCAAAAAAUAAAUUGCAACGUCAUUUAAGAAAAUGCAACAGGAAGCAAGUGGAAAGUAAAGAUCAACAGUCAUCGACACCCAGUGAGAAAAUUGUUGUUACACCAUUAUUGGCUAGCUAUUUCGAAGAUUCAUCAGCAACUAUAUCUGCAAACCCUGAAGAACAGACUGCGGAAUACGGUGAUCAUAUGGAUCUUGAAACAGCCAACACUCAUUCCAAAAAUGAACCAGUUGAUGAAGUAAUAAAAAAGUUAAAAGAUGAACUACGAACUACAGCACUUCAACGAGAUUCUGCUUUUAAAGAGGUAGAGAAAAUAGGUGACAUGAUUGCUAAAGUCUCAUCGGAGAAAAUAUCUGUUUGUGAGAAGUUGCAUGAGUUACAGCUGCAGGUCAAAAAUAACAGUUUUUUUAUUAAGGGGAUCACAAAAACGAAGCAGGGGGAGGGGUCGUUGGUUUUGUUACGCUUUAAAAAAAAAAGCGUUAACACUAUGACACUUUAUUACACAGGUCUAAAUAGUUUUAAGUUACUUACAACUAUUUUUAAUGCUUUAUCGCCAACUCUACACCAAGAUCCUAGGUUUAAAGUAUCUUUGAAGGAGCAGUUUAUUAUUACUUUAAUGAAACUAAGGUUAAAUUUAGGUAUCCAAGAUUUAGGCUACAGAUUUGGAGUGUCUAAGAAAACAGUAGCAUCUUACAUAGAGAAAUUUCUUAAUGUUAUGUAUGUUCGUCUUCCUCCAGCUUUGUUAUUAUGGCCAGACCAAGAAGCGUUAAUGAAAACUAUGCCAAUUUCCUUUAGAGUUCAUUAUCCUAAAUGCGUAGCAAUAAUAGAUGCAUUUGAAAUCUUUUGUGAAAUGCACAGUAACAUGGUGGAUAAGUCUUCUUACUAUUCAAAUUAUAAAUCUCAUCACACAGUCAAAUUUGUAUUUGGCAUGACUCCCCAAGGUUCUAUAAAUUUUGUGUCAAAGGGUUUUGGUGGACGAAGCACUGAUGUAGAUAUCGUAAACGAAUCUAGGUUCCUCGAUAACAUUGCUAAAAAUGAUGAAGUUAUGGCUGACAAAGGAUUUUUGGUCGAAGAAGCAAUAUCAUCUCGUGGUGCUACAUUAAUUAUGCCUGCAUCUAAAGGACGAAGACAACAGCUAGAAGGAUCAGAAACGGAACGAUCUAGGAUUAUAUCUAACGAACGUAUUCAUAUAGAAAGAGGUAUUGGUAAUUUGAGGAAAAAGUUUACUAUACUUAGAGGACCAAUUAAAGUAGAACACAUGUGUUCUGAUCCCUCCAACUACGCUUUUAUCGAUAAAGUUGUGAUUGUGUGCUGUUGUUUGAUGAACUCAAUGCCUUCUAUAGUUCCCCCCUGGUAAAAUGCUUCAAUACACUAUAAUUUGUA